AUGUCACCUCCAGAAUGUUCUGAGUGUUUUGGUGACCAACUCCCGCAUCGGACCUAUACCUGGCAUCUUACUUUGCACUCAAGGUCAAAUUUUACAAGAAAACGAGAUACCAGACCCGAAAGUCUAGAAAUUCCAAUCAAUGUGGUUUUGCCUCAGCGGGGCUCAGCCGAGCCCUUCCUCAGGCUCCACAACGUGUACACCACCCCUCACUGCUCUAGGCAGGCCGCUCUGUCCAGGCCCAGCCGCAGGGUAGUCAGCCAGCACUCGUAUCCGCUCAACCGCUUCUCCUCCGUGCCCUUGGAUCCCAUGGAGCGCCCCACCUCGCAGGCGGACCUGGAGCUGGACUACAAUCCUCCACGGGUGCAGCUGAGUGACGAGAUGUUUGUCUUCCAGGAUGGGCGGUGGGUGAACGAGAACUGUCGCCUGCAGUCCCCCUACUUCUCGCCGUCCUCCUCCUUCCACCACAAGCUGCAUCACAAGCGGCUGGCUAAGGAGUACCUGUUGCAGGAUGAGAACAAGUCCCUGCGUGAGGAGAACAAAUCCCUGCGCGAGGAGAACAAGGCCCUCCGCCGCGAGAAUAAGAUUCUGCAAGUCUUCUGGGAGGAGCACAAGUCCCCCCUGGGCCGCGAGGACAGCCGCUCCUCUUCGCCGCUGCUGCAUAAGGACACCGCGUCUCAGGAGGUGAUGAAGCGGGACAGUGUGGCCGCGCCGGUGCAGCGCGCCAAGGAGACCAGCACGCUGCACCUGCUCAGGGAGGAGAACCGCGCACUGCAGCAGUUGCUGGAGCAGAGACAAGCCUACUGCUGGGCCCAGGGUGACGAUCAGGCCGCCCCAGUCGAGGAGACCAAGCCGGUGAUCUCGGCUCACGAGGAAUCCCACAGCCCAGACCAAGGCCCCGGCCUCUCUUCCCCCUUUGAGGAACCCAAAGGACCCUCGACUCCUCAGGAAGACGCCAAGACCCUACGCGCCCUCAGGGAGAUGGUCAACAGCUUGGCGGGGCCUGCUGGAGAGGAGAUGACCAAGGUGGGCCCCGGGCUGGCUGACAGCAGCGGAGGUGGUGGUGGCAGCCAGGCCCUGCAGUUGCUGCGGGAGAUGAGCCAGGCGCUGCAGGCGCUGCGUGAGGAGAACCGGCUGCUGCAGGAGGAGAACAGGGCCCUGCACGUGCUGCGCGAGGAGCACCGCGUCUUCCAGGAGGAGAACAAGGCCCUGUGGGAGAACAACAAACUGAAGCUGCAGCAGAAGCUGGUCAUCGACACGGUGACUGAGGUCACGGCCCGCAUGGAGAUGCUCAUUGAGGAGCUCUACGCCUUCAUGCCGGCCAAGGGCAAGGACCCCAAGAAGCCCAGCAGGAUCUGA